ACCAACCCAAAAAUAGUACUUCGUACUUGGUAGUUUGUAGAACUUCUCCUGAAAAACCAUCUCCUAUUCUUUUUCCAUUUGACAAUAUCAUAAACCGUAAAAGCUAAAAAUAGAAUCAAAUGGCAACAAUGGCGAUGAUGAAGAAAUCAUCAAUGGUAAAAUCAAUAUCUGGUGGGCUUAGAAUCGCAGCAUUAAGGGCUUAUGCAUCUCUUGCAGUGGGAUCUGACAUAGUCUCGGCCGCACCCAAUGUUACCCUCCCUAAGGCUCGCCCCUACGAUGAAGGAGUUUCUUCCAAAUUCGCCACUACCCCUUUGCAAGACAUUUUCAAGGGAAAGAAAGUUGUCAUCUUUGGCCUCCCUGGUGCGUUUACUGGAGUUUGUUCUGCUCAACAUGUUCCCAGCUACAAGACUAACGCUGACAAAUUCAAAGCUAAAGGGAUCGAAUCUAUAGUUUGUGUUUCCGUAAAUGAUCCAUAUGUGAUGAAUGGAUGGGCUGAGAAACUAGAAGCAAAAGAUGCUAUUGAAUUUUAUGGGGACUUUGAUGCAAGCUUUCACAAGAGCUUGGACUUGACAAUAGACCUCUCUGCUGCUUUGCUUGGAACUCGCUCUCACAGAUGGUCGGCUUAUGUGGAGGAUGGCAAAGUCAAGAUUCUUAAUGUCGAAAAAGCUCCAUCUGAGUUCAAAGUCUCUGGCGGCGAUCAUAUGCUUGCUCAGAUCUGAAUGAGUUUGUGUUCAUCCUGCGCCCUUAAAAGUCAUAAAUAAGUUGCAAUAAUGUGAUUUUACAAUACUUACGUUCUUCCACUGUAACUCAAUAGGACGUUGCAAUACAAUUUUCCGCUUUUUGCUGUUUGCCUGUUUGGUUGUCUGUUUGGGUAAUUUGUUAUGAAUAUGGUCAAAGUUGCUCAUGAUCCUCAUGUUGUAGGAGAUUAAUUAGAUCUUUCACUUUGAUGUGGAUAA